AUGACAUUAGAGCCCUACUGUAAGUGUAUCCUUUCUCAUUCUUCGAGAGAGCAACUCAUCAUUGAAUGCCCUGCUUUUGCACUCUAUCUUUAUCAACAUAUUGUUGCCACUCUCGGCUCCGGGAGCAUGGUGCCGGACCCCUUCGUGAACAGCUCACGGCAGGAUGGCGUCACGCAGCUUCUCUCGGCUCGAUCCCUGAGCGAGGUCUUUCGCUUGAUAUUUGAUGCUCCGACAGCACCGACGUCCGGCAUGGCGGAGCCCGAUCCCGCCAACAUCCUCCCACGCGAAUUAUUCUGGAAAACGUUUCGAAAGGCGCUGGAGUCGUCGUGGAUGCCACGCACGGGGCUCGACUUUGGGAAUUCCACCCCGACGCCCGGGGCGGUGCCUUCCGAUCUUCUCUUGGUGCACUUGGCAGGGAGGCCGCAUUUUUCCUUCCCUGUUCGCGUUCCCGACCUCUCCCCGGAUGGCAUUGGUAUCCCUUUGACGGCCGCUUCUCUUCGAAACGCGCUGAAAACGAGUCGGCGGUUUCUUCGCAGCGCGACGACGUGCGCGUUGGCGGGGUCGCUCGCCCCUCUCGGCGAAGGGAAGACGCAUCACGCACUCGGGGCGAUUCUGCAGCUCCGCCGCCUCGUUCCUCCGGCGGGCGCCGCCGAGGACGGCCGCGUUACCGCUGAAGGGUUGAACUUCUGCCUGAUGCCCCUCCCACAGCAGUGGUGGGUGCUCGUGAGUGGGGCGAUGGAUCGCGUGCUCGCCAUCGCGCGCGCAACCCCUUCCGCCUCGGAAGCGGAGGUGACGAUGCCGCGGCUUUGGCAACUUCUCGCCAUUCUCGCGGCGUUGGAUGGGGUGCGGUAUAUGUACGCCUUCCCGAGCAAAACGGAGGAUCUCGCGGGGUAUCUUCUGCUCGCGCGGCUCGCCGAGGUGGGGCUCGCAUACCCGGUGCAGACGACCGCCGGUUCUCGCUGUUUCGUGCUUUCCCCGCACUUCCAUCACGCCUUGGGCUGGCGGGCGACGGCGCCGUUGUGUUUGACGGCGAUGCUCCACGACGACGCGGCGGCCGCGGCGAACGCCCGGGCGGUGCGGCGGGAGGAUACCGAUACCAUCAUCACCGAAACCAAUUUUCGACUCUACGCCUACACCCGCAACCCCGAUUUGAUUCGCAUUCUCGAUCAGUUCGCCGUGCGGGAGGAGGAGGUGGAGGGGCUGCUGCUGUGUUAUCGCAUCACGCGGGAGUCUUUUGCGGCCGCACUGCGAAAAGGGCUCACGGCGGCGCAGAUUCUUCAGUUUUUAUCCCUCCGCGCACACCCCAGCAUGCUUCAAAAGUACGGCACCAAAGACGGCGACCUGGCGACGGCCUCGACCUCGACCACAGGGCGUGAGGGGCCUGUGAUUCGGACCGGCGCCGCGUCCGAGGCGGAUGCCGCUGACAGCGGAUUUGCCAUCCCGCAGUCGCUCUGCGAUCAGUUGUAUAUGUGGGAAAGUGAGUGUAACCGCGUCGUGUUCAAGAAGCAUCUGGUGCUGCUCAAGUGCUUGUCAUCUGAUCAGCAACGACUUUUGCAAGACUUUCUGGGUGAAAUGGGGAAGUCGGAUGCCAUUGUGCACAUGGAGCCAGGAUACAUGGUCUUGCAUGAAGAGGUUUAUAACCAAUUUAUUGCCGGGGCUGUGGCUGAGGUUCAAUAG